GCCUACUCGUACAACGCCUUGAAUGCCACCUUAUUACUUAGGUACCUACCUCGCUACCUAGGUAUGUAGGGAAAAGGACCCUCUGUCUGACGGCGCGCUCGCGCUUUUAGUCCUUCCGCCCCCAUCGGCCCUCGCAACGUUCCAUGCCGACGCCAAGCUUGACUGUUGAGCUUUCGGCGCGGAAACUUUUCUCAAGUACGGAUACUCCGUACAAGUUCGCCUUUUGCAUCAGGGAAGCAGUCAACGAACAUAACAUCACAUCAUGGCUCCUUCACGAGCGCCUAGUGCCCUUUUGCUGCACUCUCUACGCUCGUUGGCGAUCGAGAGUCCGUUCUCCAGCGCUGCUGUACGUGUCAUCUCCACGACGAGCUCUGCACGCCAGGAAGCAGAAGUUCAAAGACCCUCCUUCUACCGGAACCCAGAUCCUGCUACUGUAUUCGUACCACGACUCGAACGCAAGCUCAAUCGAGCCGGAACCCAGCCUAUCGGGUCUCGAAGACGUCGCGCGGCGCUUGCACAGUCACCCGGAGUCCCUUUCGAUCAAUUACCGUACCAAUGCUUCCAAGAAGCCCGCAAAAUCCUCAUCGAGGACAGAGCAGAGAAACUGAAGAAGAUCGAAACGGAGAGAGCUCGGAUUGCGCGACUACAAGAGGUCGAUCCAAGCACCCUCCCUGGUGGUGAAACCUACAAGCAGAAGAGAUUGAAGAGCAUGCACGCGGAGCUCGAAAGACUGAAAAUAUUGGCCGAUAUCAAUGAUCCCAACGUCAAAAGACGGUUUGAAGACGGCAAGGGCGACAUGAACAAACCCAUCUACAGAUAUCUGGCAGAGCGAAAAUGGCGAGACUACCCCCGGAAAAUUCUGGUCCAAAGGAUCACACAGAUGAACGUAGUCCCAGACGUGAUUCCAGCCUGCGAUCCUAUACUGGACGUCAAAAUUGCGUUUGGCAAAAAGACCAUACCACCAGGAGAGUUCGUGCAGUCGAAUAUCAGCGAGAACCCAUGCCAGCUUACACUGCAAGCCUUUGACCGCGGCGAGAAAAUGGUCUCCAUUGCCGUCGUCGAUCCAGACGUGCCCAAUUUAGAAAAGGACAGCUUUGACUCGAGAUGCCACUUCCUCGCUUCCAACAUCAUCAUCUCCCCGACCGAGCCUCUGGUUGACCUCUCGAAAUUAUCCGCCGACAACCAAAUCCUCCUUCCCUGGCUACCACCUCAUGCACAAAAAGGUAGUCCAUAUCACAGAUUGUCCAUCAUCGUCCUACAACACAAAGACAACAUCCCCAUUGACCUCGGGAUUGCCAGGAGCAAGAUUCAAAGAGAUGGUUUCUCGGCCCGCAGCUUCAUGAGCCGCCACAUGUUGACUCCCAUCAGUGCAUCCUUGUUCCGGACGCAAUGGGACGACACCAUGGCCUCUGUCAUGCAAAGGGCCGGCAUUGAGGGCGCCAAUGUCGAACUUAAGAGGAAGAAGGUCGAGCCUCUGCCGUAUAAAAGGCGCAAUCCUCCUAGCUUUAGGUAGUCGAGCCUUGAGGCGCUGUACCAUAAGACCGGGGACUGAUCUCGCCCCUGUCGCUGACUGUACAAUUUUAUCUUUUUCCCAGUAUUCCACGUGCUCAAUCAGGCUUUGCACCUUCUAAUACAGCCUC